AUGACCCGGCAUCCCGCGAUCAUGGAAUACAGACGGCUUUAUGUUCUUGUCGCCGUCAUCAAUCUGGCAACCCUGGUCGCAGGCAUCCGCAACGGGCAUUGGUUUGACGGUCAGGCCUUCCGCCUGGACGCGAUCGCCGACAUGGCGCUGAUCAACCUCUCGCUCGGCAUUCUCAUCCGCCAGCAACGGGUGAUCAAUGCGCUGUUCUGGCUGGCAACACGCAUUCCGGUCACCUGGCCGCUUUGGAUCAGGUGGGGUGCCGGAAAGGUGUUUCACUUCGGCGGGUUUCACUACGGUGGCACCGUCGCCGGAACGCUGUGGUUCGCGUUUCUGCUCUACGCCAUGGUGGCAGACAGGUUGUCCGGAUCCCUGCAGAUCUCGAACGUGACACUUGGCCUGAGCGGUUUGAUGGUAACCUUGAUGAGCCUGAUGAUCGUCACCGCCAUGAGCCGGUUCCGAACGCGGUUUCACAACGCCUUUGAAAAAAUUCACCGGUUUGUCGGUUGGACGGUGCUCGCCCUCUUCUGGGCUCAGACGGUCUCCAUCUCAGGCGAUAUGGGUGUCGCGCUGACAGGCACUCCUUCUUUCUGGAUGCUGUGCAUCAUCACGCUUUCCAUCGCUUCGCCCUGGCUGACCCUGAAACGGGUGCGCGUGGAAAUCGUCAAGCCUUCAGAUCAUGUCGUGCUCGCUCGGUUCAACUACGGAGAUACUCCGUUUGCCGGCAGCUCAAACGCGAUCAGCCACACCCCUUUCGGUGAGUACCACUCGUUCGCAAAUAUUCCCGCGCCGAACGAACCCGGCUACCGGUUGGCCAUUUCCCGCGCCGGAGACUGGACUGGAGCGUUUAUCGAAAACCCGCCCGAGAAAGUCUGGGUCAAGGGCAUAACAACGAGCGGUGUUGCCAGAAUCGAGGACCUGUUCACGAAGGUGGUCUACGUCGGGACCGGCUCCGGAAUAGGCCCGAUCCUGCCGCAUCUGCUGAAGCGCAAGGUCCCCAACAGGCUCAUCUGGUCGACACGCUCGCCGCGCAAGACCUAUGGCGACGAUCUGAUUGAUGAAAUCGAAUCCCAUACGGAAAAGCCGCUGAUCUGGGACACUGAUGCUCAAGGCAAGCCGGACCUGUCGGCGCUGGCCCUGCAGGCAGUGCGGGAAAGCGGCGCCGAGGCGGUCAUCGUGAUUUCAAACCAAAAGCUGACCCGAAAGGUGGUUUACGACAUGGAAUCGCUCGGUAUUCCCGCCUAUGGCGCAAUCUGGGACAGCUGA